AUGAGAGAAGAUCAAAAGAUGCAUGUGUGCAAGCUGUGCGACAAGAGGUACCCAUGUGGGAAGUCCUUGGGAGGUCAUAUGAGGUCUCACAUGAUUGGGAAUUCUUCUCGAUCAGAAAAGAAAGCUAAACUCCACGCAAAAUUGGUUUCAUCUUCUAAUGGUGGAAGAAAAGGUAAGAAGAGAGAGUCUGGGUUUGAAGCUGGUGAGCUUUCUGGAUAUGGCCUUAGAGAGAACCCCAAGAAAACAUGGAGGGCCGGGGACUCUGGCCCUGGCUUAUGGCAAGAAAAGGUGUGCAAAGAAUGUGGUAAAGAGUUUCAGUCAUUGAAAGCUCUCUUUGGUCACAUGAGCAGUCACUCAGGAGCAAGAAGAGUUUCAAACAAAUUCAAAGAUCAUGUGUGGACUGGUGGUAAGCAGGAAUCACUGAUGGAUGGGCAGUCAGACACCGAGGCGGAUGCCUCAAGGCCGCGUAAAAGAAUGAAGAAAGGGAAGCAUAGCAUUCUUGGUGUGUCUUCUACUUCUCCUUGUUUGGCAAAUGAAUCUUCAUCUGUUUCUGAUAUUGAGCUAGAGCAAGAAGAGGUAGCUUUGUGCUUGAUGAUGCUGUCUAGGGAUUCAGGGCAUUGGGAUGGUGUGAAUGUGGUUGGGGAGUCUUCUGAUAACAUUUCUGUCGUUUUGGAGGAUAAAUCAUCAUCUAAUGAUGUGAGAAUUGCCAUGAAGGAAAGCCUGAAUUGCUUUUGUGGGGAUGGGAUGAAUAUCAAGGAUGCUGAACUUGCUCUGUUUGAGAAUUCUGAUUCUGGGUCCAGCACCCGGCCCCAUUCGGAGGAACAUAAGGCAUCUCAGGGAGGACAGUCCACCCCGGGGUGGCCAGUAGAGGAAUGUAGCUCCAGCGCGAGUUUAUGCCCUGACGCCAGGUGA